GAAGUAAAAGAAAAAAAGUCUUGUUUUACGGUUCCGGCUGUAGGAAUCUUUAAAAUGCUACUUAGGAGACUGCAUCAUUAAGUUGAUAAACAUUUGGAAAGCUUUGUCAAAUUUUUAUCAGCAGAUUAAGAAAAUUAUGUCAUGAACAUGUCUGUGCACUCCAUGCUGUCUGAGAGAAUUGCCUUUGCCAAAGAGUUAAUUGAACGAGCUAAUGCCCUGUCUUGUUCUCAGAAAGGUGGCGUUGAAGGCAAAACGAAGCUAUGUAGUAAGUUGAAGUCUGAACUGAAGUUUCUGCAAAAGGUUAAAGCAGGAAAAGUAGCUAUUAAGGAGUCCCAUCUACAAAGCACAAAUCUCACACACCUGAAAGCCAUUGUAGAAACUGCUGAGAGUCUGGAUGAUGUUGUCUGUGUUCUUCAUGCGUUCAGCUAUGAGGAUGCAUUUGGAGAGAAACAAACGCUAGUUGUGGAUGUUGUUGCUAAUGGUGGCCAUACAUGGGUAAAAGCGAUUGGCCGAAAGGCUGAAGCACUACAUAACAUUUGGCUUGGAAUGGGGCAGUAUGGUGACAAAAGCAUUAUUGAGCAAGCUGAAGAUUACUUGCAAGCAAGCAAACAACAAACAGUUCAGUACAGCAAUCCCCAUAUUAUUUUUGCUUUUUAUAAUGGUGUUUCCUACCCAAUGGCUAACCGCUUGAAAGAGAUGGGCAUAUCUGUGCGAGGUGACAUAAUUGCUGUAAACUCUUUGGUGGGGGAUUUAAAUAUCAACAGUAACCCAAGUUGCAGUGAAUCUGACGAAGAGAACCUUGAUCCCUUUCAUGUUACUAGAGUGGAUCGUACAACAGUUGUUGCAAGUGUAGCAUUUCCUACUGAUGUCAAAGUGGAUGUUUGUAGCAAGGUGAAUUUGGACAUUACAACUUUAAUAACCUAUGUUUCAGCACUGAGCCAUGGUGGCAGCUGUUUCAUCUUUAAAGAAAAAGUUUUAACUGAACAAGCAGCUCAGGAGAGGGAGGAAAGCGUCCUUCCCAAGCUUGAGGAGUUCAUGAAGGGCAAGGAGCUCUUUGCUUGUGAGUCAGCUGUUAAUGAUUUUAAAACUAUCCUUGAAACAUUAGGUGGGCCUGGGGAAAGAGCUCGUGCUGAACAACUGCUUCAGAAAGUCACUGUUGUGCCAGAUUGCCCUUCAGAACGUGCGUCAAAACUUGUAACCAGUUCAAAAAUUAAUGCUCGCUCAAUUACAAUUUUUGGCACUGGAGAUAGUUUACAAGCUAUUACAAUGACUGCAAAUGGUGGUUUUGUCAGAGCAGCUGCUAAUCAAGGAGUUAAAUUCACUGUGUUUGUUCAUCAACCUAGAGCUCUGACAGAAAGUAAAGAAUCUUUUGCUACACCUCUUCAAAAAGAAUCUAACUGAUCUGCAAUAUGCUUCAUUUGAUUUGGAGCAUUGCAGAUAAUGCAUCAAUAUCAAUACAGAUGUAUAUUUGUGCGUGUGGGCUAUUAAAUAUAAUCAUUUAGAAUGA